GAGAGCCUUCAAACUCAUUUCAUUUUACGUUUCGAAGUGUCUUGGACAGUUUCAAAGAUUUCAGUAGUUUUUAUUAUUUCAAUAGAAUCGGUUCGUGUUUGAUCAGUAUUAAAAGCUCCACAAUCAGUGGUUUUAGCAACAUUUUUACCCACCAUGGACAUAACGGCAGCCAGUGUGGUGUACACUAAUCAUUUUUACGCUCCUCCAAAUUACGUUGGCGAUCAGCUGCAGCCCGAGUCGCCGCAGCAGAAUCAGUCCCAAAUUAUGCACACCAGCUAUGUAGUGAGCUCGGGUCCCGGUCUUGGCCUCGGACUCGGGUCCGGGCACAGUGCCACGAUGGGUUCAGGAUCCGGCCUUAGCCCUAGGUCCGCCUACAACGAUCUCUAUCGGUUUGAGGACGGUAGCGGCGAUGCAAGCGGAUCGCUGCUAAUCGGGCAACAUGAAGAAGACUUUUGCGAGGUAAACGAAGAGAGCCAGGUCUCCACCAGCAGCUCAUCCUCGUGCCAAGUGGAGCCCAAGACACUGGACAUUGAGGGAGAGCCGCAGUCGGAUCUUUGCCUGAACCUGUUCCAAAAAGGUGAGAUGGAAAACCAAAACCAAAAAGGAAAUGGCAACGACGACGACGACGGUGAUGACGAUGACGACGACGACGAUUCUGAUGAUGAUGACGAUGAGGUGGGGGAAGGCGAUCAGUACCAAUCCGCCAUGGUGGAUACAGCACCGUAUAUUGUUUAUCCACCUCCCCUACCAUUGUCGCCAUAUUCUCCGUAUAUGACCGUUGGCCAGGAGCUGUACGUCAUCCAGCCGGAGACGGUGUUCGUGCUAGGAAUGCGCCUGAAUGUGACCAAGAACGAGAUCAUGAUAUUCUUUGGCAAACUGGGCCUCAUCAAGCUGGACGAAAUCACCGGCAAGCCAAAGAUCUUUGUCUACAAGAACAAGCUGACGGGUCGCUCCAAGGGCGAGGCCACCAUCACCUACGUGAGUCCCUACUCGGCCCAGGCGGCCAUAAACUGCCUCGGCGGCAGCAAGUUCAUGGGACAGACGCUCAGUGUCCUGCCCGCCUACUUGUCCAUGCGCAAGGGUUCCAGCGUCCGCUACAGCUAUCCGCGAGACCUGAAUCCCGCCGAGCUGCAGCGCCGCCAGAGACUGCCCAAGUGGAAGCCGGCCAGCGACAACUGGGUGUGCCUGCUCUGCCGCAAUAGCAACUUUGUGUGGCGCUCCAGCUGUAACAGGUGCCAGGCAAGCAAGCACGAAUCCGAGACCCAGGGCCAGUCGGGAUCUGGGUCCCAGCCAAUGGAAGACACCCCGGGCCUGGCCAAAACUGAAUCGGGAUCCCUCAGCGAUCGUGGCCAGCGGCCGCACAAGGACUGGCCCUGCGGUUUCUGCUUCAACAUGAACUUCUGGUACCGCCUCAAGUGCAAUCGAUGCCAGGCCCCGCGGUCAGAAGCGCUGGCCACCUCGGAGUCGGAGGAGCCCUGGGAGCUGGUGCUCAACCCGCCCUCGAACGAAUAGAGGUGUAGUCCUGUCCCUCUUCGUAUGUAUGUUCCUGCUCCAGUCUAUAUGUUCCCGUUUGUGUACCCGUAUUUGUUGUAUGCGAACGUCAUCGUUUCCUACUUCCUGGAACCACGCACCACACUGCGUCCUGUAUUUUAUCAGACUCGAAUCGAUUCCUUCACAUA